CCUCUCACUUCCUCCUCGUCUCCUUCUCUUCUCUCUCCAAUGGCGGACGCCGCGGGCGCCUCGGAAGAGGAGCAGGCUCUUACUUCCUCGUCGCCGGAGGAAGAGGUGGAGGAAGAGGAGCUGAUAGGAACCCUAAAGGAGUCGCUUUUGGAGCACCGUUCGCUCAAUCUCCGCCGCCACGCCCUCAACAACACCUCCCAAGUCGCCAUCGUCGGCUCCAAUCUCUGCCCCAUAGAGAGCCUCGAUUACGAGUUAGUCGAGAACGAGCUCUUCAACCAGGACUGGAGGAGCCGAGGCCGGUCGGCUAUACUUCGGUACGUCUUCCUCAAGUGGACCUUCUGCCUCUUCAUCGGCCUCGUCUCCGGCGCUAUUGGCUUCUUCAACAACCUCUCCGUGGAGAACGUCGCCGGCCUCAAGUUCGCCACCGUCUCCGACUUGAUGCUCGCCGAUAAGUAUUGGACUGCGUUUGGGGUUUUUGCCGGUUCCAAUCUGGCCCUGUUGAUCUUUGCGACGGCGAUUACGGCCUUUGUUUCGACUGCCGCCGGCGGUUCAGGGAUUCCAGAGGUGAAAGCUUACUUGAAUGGCGUCGAUGCUCCUGAUAUCUUCUCACUGCGCACCCUUGCAGUAAAGAUUGUAGGUUUGAUUGCAGCUGUUUCAUCCUCUCUCCAUGUGGGCAAGGCAGGCCCAAUGGUUCACAUUGGCGCGUGCAUUGGCGCACUAGUUGGACAGGGUGGAUCGCGGAAGUAUGGAAUGACGUGGAGAUGGCUACGCUACUUCAAAAAUGAUAGAGAUCGGCGUGACCUUGUCACCUGCGGUGCGGCUGCUGGCAUUGCUGCUGCUUUUCGUGCUCCAGUUGGCGGAGUUCUUUUCGCACUCGAGUCAUUGUCAUCAUGGUGGAGAGGUGCCUUAAUCUGGAGAGCUUUCUUCGCAACUGCUGUAGUUGCGGUCACACUCCGUGCUCUGAUGGAUGUUUGUGAAAGUGGAAGAUGUGGUUUAUUUGGGAAGGGCGGGCUCAUAAUGUACAAUGUUACUGCCGAUAACAUUACCUAUCAUCUAGCUGACUUACCCCCAGUGAUCCUCCUCGGAGUGAUUGGGGGGAUAUUGGGAAGUCUAUACAACUUUCUUAUGCUGAAGGUCCUUCAAAUAUUCACCCUAAUCAACCAGAAAGGGCCAGCCUAUAAAUUGCUUCUUGCAGCUACCGUAUCGAUAUUUACUUCAUGUUGUCUGUUCGGAUUACCAUGGUUAGCACCUUGUAGGCCUUGUGAAAAGGAUGACUGUCGUGUUAUAGGUCACUCCGGCGGUUAUAAUAACUUCCAGUGCCCUCCGAAUCAGUACAACGAUCUAGCCAGCUUGUUCUUCAACACCAACGAUAAUACGAUCAGAAAACUUUUCAGCAGUGGCACAAAUGAUGUUUUCCAUAAGUCGUCCAUCAUGGUGUCCUUUGUAGCCUCAUAUGUUCUUGGCAUUGUAAGUUACGGUGUAGCUGCACCUUUUGGUCUUUUUGUGCCUAUUUUCUUGACCGGUGCUGCCUACGGGCGGGUCACGGGAAUGCUAAUGGGCACGAACACGACUCUAGAUCAUGGUCUCUUUGCGGUCCUUGGUGCUGCUUCUUUUCUCGGUGGAACAAUGAGGAUGACUGUGUCAGUGUGUGUCAUCAUACUUGAGCUAACCAACAACCUCUUGUUGCUUCCCCUGGUUAUGUUGGUGCUCUUGAUAUCGAAAGCGGUUGCUGACUCUUUCAAUCCCAACAUCUACCAUCUGAUUCUGAAAUUGAAGUGCCUUCCUUAUCUGGAAGACCAUGUCGAACCGUACAUGAGGCAGCUUACGGUAAGCGAUGUCGUUACAGGUCCUCUACGAAUUUUUAACGGUGUUGAAAAGGUAAGCUACAUAGUUCAUAUAUUGAAGACUACCGGCCAUCAUGCAUUCCCUGUGAUAGAUGAACCACCAUUUUCUUCUCCUCCUGUGUUGUUUGGUCUGAUCCUCCGCGCGCAUCUCCUAAGUUUGUUGAGGAAGAAGCAUUUUCUGCCGACAUGUUCACUUGCUGGCUCUGAUGCUUCGAAGAAAUUUGUGGCCGAUGACUUUGCAAAGCGUGGAUCAGGGAAACAUGAUCACAUUGAGGAUAUAGAGCUCACUGCCGAAGAGAUGGAGAUGUUCAUCGAUUUGCAUCCAUUUACAAACACUUCGCCUUACACAGUCAUUGAGACAAUGUCACUCGCAAAGGCUCUCAUCCUAUUCCGGGAAAUCGGCUUGAGGCAUCUGUUGGUUGUUCCCAAGUCCUCCAAUAGGGCGCCGGUGGUCGGUAUAUUGACGAGGCAUGACUUUAUGCCGGAGCACAUCUUGGGUCUGCAUCCAUACCUGUCGGAAAGCAGAUGGAAGAGAUUGCGGUUUCAGAAAUCGAUUUUUACUAGAUUUUACAGGGCUUGUUUGAUGUGGGCGUGCUCUUAGCUUCUAAGAUUUAUGGAGGAAGUAUUAUUAUUAUUUAUUGUUGUUGUUAUUAUUGUUAUUAUUAUUAUUAAUUUCUUUGUAAUAUUGAGAAGUAAAAAAUCUGUAUUUUUUUUUCUAUUUUUCUUUGUGCGGAAGCUUGUAAGAUAUGUAUCAAGUUUACUUUUGUUAUGAAAUUCGAUAUACAGAAGCCUCUUUUAGGGUUUA